AUGUACAGCGACUCCAAGUUAUGGUUUGGCACAAACUGGAUUGGACAAUAUGUCGAGUUCGAAAAUUGCUCGUGGAAAAUUGUCAAAAAGCUCGCAGAGAACGAGGCACGCUAUACUCAAGAAGAGUUCGAGGAGAGUGGCUUCGAUUCCGAAUCGUGCAGCGUCUUUCUCUGCGAAGAGCCUGUGGGCUUCACUCAGGCAGUUAUGAAGAUUCGAAUGCAGAUUCCAUACUUCGAAGCUGAGUUUGAAUAA